AUGCCACUUGACCACUACACUAGUUGCCGAGAAAGUCAGAACAGUACCAUUCGCAGAUUCUGGAAACGAGAUCGUAAGGAACGGAAAGCUACGAGCUGGUCGUCGCGUUUCGCUUGCGCACCAUGUCUGUAUGGUGACAUUGACGCGGUAGACAGACAGGGGCGGUCGCUGUUGUUCUACGCGGCGCGUUACGGCCAGGUUGACACGGCGCAAGUGCUAAUAGAGGCUGGGAGCUGCAUGAACCAGGCUGAUUACCUCGGUAGCACGCCCCUGCACGAGGCCGUGGACAAGGGCCAGAUAGAGAUCGCUGAGAUAUUCAUGAGGGACGGAGCCGACAUAAACGUGCAUUAUAUGACCGGGUGUUCCCCGAUCUACCGGGCACUACAACGAGGCUGGGAAGAUAUUGCUGACUUCCUACUGGAUAACAAUUGUGACAUUAAACCUAACCGCAUUACCGUGCAGAUUAAGCCUAACAACAUCCCCAUGCAGAUUAAACCUAACCGCAUCCAGGAGAAGAUUAAGCCUAACCGCAUUCUAGUGGUGAUUAAGCCUUACCGCAUCCUAGUGCUGAUUAAGUCUAACCGCAUCCUAGUGCUGAUUAAGCCUAACCGCAUCCUAGUGCUGAUUAAGCCUAACCACAUCCUUAUGCUGAUUAAGCCUAACCGCAUAUUCAUUCUUAUUAAGACUAACCGCAUACUCGUGCAGAUUAAGCCUAACCGCAUCUUUUGCAGAUUAAGUCCUACCGCAUCUCCGUGCUGA